AAAUUGAGCAUCACUCCUCACUUUCUUUGAGUUUACGAUCGGUUGUCCUUCUGGGUUGAAUGCUUCGUACAAUGCCUUCCUUAGCUCAAAGCUCUCCGACUCAUCAGUCAUUUUCAGCUCUUCCUUCUCCUUCCUACUCUGGCUCACCUGCUCACCAUAUGGACAAAGAAGACAAAGAUAUUCUACUCGUGGAAGGAAAAAACUCAUGUCAUAGAAUAGACCUAAGUGGUUCCUCCGAAGACAGUGGUCGAGAUACCAUCCAGGUAGAUGACGAUUCUGGUGAUGAGGAUGACCUCGUCUGGGCUUUAAUAGCAGACGACCUUAAUAGCGAUGCUUCGACCCAUGAUAUCGAAGACCGCAAUGAAGAAGCGCAAGAAGCUCUAUUUGAGCAAUUGAUACGUCGAACAGAAGCAAUGCGUAAUCCGGCAACACAAACAGCAUCAUUACAAACGCAAUUUGAAGUCAGCGACGAUGACGAGAACGACUUUGUGAUAGAUGAGCCGUAUUCUGAGAGUCUGAUAGAGGACGGAAUCCAGGUUUCUGAUGAGGGAAGGGAAAAUGCUCUAAAGUUUCUCCAGUCCAUAGUAUUGUCUUUCCUCGAACAAAUUUCAACCUCGUUGGGAACAAUUUUCUCGCAUGAAACCUCAAAGGUUCACAAAAAAGAGUUAAAAGGGCUCAAAAGACGAAAAAUUUACGCCGCCGAGGCCGAGCAAAAAAAAGAGACAGACCAGUGUUUAGAGACGGGGAAAAUUGGAGUGACAAUAUCGCUAAAGAACAGGAAAUCUGGCUCCUAUCAAGCGAUCAUGUUGCCUGAUAGCCCUUUGCAAAGUCCUGACAGACAGAGCUCCAUAAUGAGAAUGACCUGCAUUAUGCGUGUUGCUUCAACUUUGUAUGAGGCAAUAUUGGAUAGAAAUGUCAUUACGCUGAGAGAUGUGUAUUAUCGGGACAAGCAACUGUUUGAGCGGCAGCCGGUCGUAGACAAGAUAGUUGAUGAUCUGGUAGCGACGGCGGGGCUGAGAAGGAGGGACUUCUAUGUCUGCGCUUCGGCAAAGGGUCUUAUCGCCUCAUCUUCGCUCGUCAUUCGUUAUCGUACAGGAGACGAAAUAAUCCUCUCGGCAACCCGGGCUAACCUUGUCGACCCUGCAGAGAAGAUUGACGUUAUUGAGGCACCAAACGGGCUUGACUGGGUACUUAUCGUUGAAAAAGAUGCAAUUUUUCAGAGUCUUUGUGGUGCUGGUAUUCUUCAAGAUGAAAGGAUUGGCCAUGGUGUUCUCAUUACUGGCAAAGGCUUUCCGGACCUUGCUACACGCCAGAUAUUGCGCCUAAUUGCUGACACAUUUCCAUGUGUAAAGAUGUACGCUUUGGUGGACGCGGACCCACAUGGACUCAAAAUACUCUCAACUUACAUGUAUGGAUCCAAAGCGAACGCAUACUCGACUGAUUACGGAGAUCUACCCCUGGGGGAUAGAGUGCAAUGGCUGGGACUGAGGGCUUCCCACUGGAGCGAUCUCCACAUCAGUUACGACCAUCUCAUACCUCUAGAGCAAUCGGAUAUUCAAAUGGCUAUGAGCAUGCUCAGAGAUCACCAGACACUGCCUGUUGAGUGGAAGCGGGAGCUGAGCCACAUGCUGCAUCUUCAUCGCAAAGCUGAAAUUGAGAUUAUAAUUGCUUCAUCUUGGUCGAGCGACCAUGUUGGCAGUAAUGGUAGCGGUGAUAGAGAGGGAGAUAGGCAGCCUCUUCCUGACGUCGAAAGGUUGAUCAAUUACAUCGUCAAGAACAUGGGAUUUUGAUGAAAUCACAUCUAUGGCUAGCGAUAGUGAAAGUCACAAAGUGCGCCGUCA